UUACUCGAAGCGGCCGUGUCUUGUUUUGCGGUAAAGGUUUGUGUUUUUAAAUUACACCAGCGUGCAGUCAGACGCACAUAUUGACGUGAUGCAACAGAGCUGGUUUAAGUAACGAUUGGUAGUUAUUACACCCAAAUAUACCGGAAUGUUCUAGGGGUGGGGAAAAUAUCCAUAUGUUAAAGGAUCGUGAUAUUUUCCUCGUGAUAUUGUAUCGAUAUUUUAAUUGCAAAUAUCGAUAUUAUUAUUAUUAUUUACAUUUUUCCACAUUCAUGUUGUGGUGAUGAGAGAAAUUUUGCCAAAUUGAUCUAGGAAUUCAACAACAGUCCCUUAGAAGGAGCAGUUAAUUUACACAUAAUUACCCUCCCUUACGAUAUUACAAUAGUAGCAUUAACUGGGGUAUUUUGACAAAAAAGUUAGUAUCAUAUAAAAUAGGCUAACCUUUGAGGUGAACUCUAUUAUACUUUUGUGCGUUAAAACUGUGUUGUAAUUAUUAUUUUUUUUUAUGUUUAGGCUACUAUUGCAUUAAUAAAUACUAAAAUUUAAUUUAGAAAGUCUAUCUACAUUGAUAUAACCUCAGAAAUUGGGAGCCAUUAUAGUCUUAUAUGCUAAUGGCUUUGCACUGUACAUAAAUAUUAGCAAAUAAGCUGGCCUUGAUUUUUAAACUGGCACUUUUUAUAGAAAUUUAACAAUGCAUUUGGUGAUGAAGACGAAUGAGAAACAUUGAGUGAAAUAUCGCAAUAUGUCAUAGUUUUGAAUCGCAAUACACCAAAAAUAAAGAAUCGCGAUAAUAUCGUAUUGUGACCUAGAUAUCGAUAUUAUAUUGUAUCGCCAGUUACCUUGUGAUUCCCACCCCUAGAAUGUUCGUGAAUUACCUAGAUCCAGAAUGAUUCAGUUCAUUUAGACGGAUAGUUUAUCGGCCAGUUCGCUCAUAGUCUUACCACUGGAUACUUGAGCAUACAUAUAUCACAUUAUUACUCAUAAAUAUAUAGUUUUUAUAAAUAAAUAUUGAGGUUCACACCUGCUGCUCAAAAUGUCUUUGGCCGGAGCUAUGUGGUUUGCCGUACAAGAUGAUUUAUACAGUGCGUGUAAUGAUACAACAACAACAACAUCCAGCAACAGCAGCUCAACACAAGAAAAGCAUCCCAUUCAAAACAGCAUCAGCACCAAUAUCAUUGUGCCAGUUCUCGCCUCUGACACACACACUCUUCUAGACCGCCUCGACGACCGAUUUCUGUCCCAGUGUUUUCAUCUCAACCGGCAAUGUCUGCGCUUCAUCGUCGAUUUCAUCCAGGCCCGUUUAAAGAAAGACGUAUUUGCAGCAUCCUACAACCUGAGCUCGUCAGAAGCCAAGAUUCUGGCCACACUUUCUUUCUACGCGCACGGAUCUCUGCCCUGCAAAGUGACCGAUCGUCUGGGAAUUGAUCAAACAUCCGCUGGCGAAGCAGUGAAGAGCCUCACCAAACUCUUAUCAGGCAUGAGCCCUGACUUCAUCACCUUCCCGUACAGUUAUAAUGACCGCAUGGGAGCUGCGCAGGCCUUCAAGAACAUCAGCGGCAUUCCACACGUGGUGGGGGUGUUGGGUUACCUGCACGUAAAGGUGACCCCUCCGCCCGGGGAGGAGUACAUGUAUAUGAACAGUCUGGGUUAUCAUUCUGUCAUGAUGCAGGUGAUCUUCGAUGUGGAUGGAAAUCUGUUGAGUGUCGAGCAGUGCUGGCCGGGAGGAACUCCUGAAGACAGUGUUUGGGCGAGCUCAGACAUCGGCAAACAAUUCAGCACGUUUCGACAUGGCCAUACGUGGGUGUUAGGUGGCAGAGGUUUGUUUGGUGGUGGGCAUGUGCUGACCCCCGUUGACCCCUCUCGCCUCAAAUCCAACGCUGCCCACAGAUUUAACAAAGCACACGCUCAGGUAUAUGGCCGCAUGCAGCAGGUGUUUGGUAGUUUGAAGAGUCGUUUCCAGUGUCUGCGUGACUUCGGCUCCAUUCAGACUCUCGAGUCGGUGGCCUGCACCAUCACAGCAUGCUGCGUUUUGCACAACAUAUCCAAGAAGUUCUCAGUGCAGUUACCCUGGGAUUUUGCCAUAGAGCCGCUGCACCCUUUUUCAGAGGUCAACUACACAGCAGAUCCGCCAUACAACUACAUGCAAGAAACUAAAGAUGAGAUGAUAGGAAUGUUUUUUACUAGUGCAGAGGACAACUGAGAAGUGCAUGGAGAGACAGAGAAUGACACAUGCAAACAAACGUCUGUGACUUGGAUUGACUUGUUUUGUCUUAGCAGUUGAAUUGGAAACACUUUACAAUGAGGUUGUUUACAUUAGCAUUAGUUUAAAGUAUAGUUCACUCAAAAAUAAUGAACGAAUUUUCAUAUUUGGGUGUACUAUUCAUUUAACACAUUAGUUAACAUGAACUAACAAUGAAUAAUACUUUUACACCAUUUAUUAAUCUUGGCUAAUUUUAAUUUCUGAAUAUACUAAUACAUUUGUAACAUAAAUGUUGUAUUUGUUCACAAUAGUUAAUGCAUUUGAAUAGUACUAUAUUUAUAAAUGAACAUUAAUCAAGCUAAUUGUUAGUAAUUAAAUGCUGUAAACAUUACUGUUAAUUUGUCAUGACAUAACUAAUGCAUUAACUAUAGUUAACACAGAACCUCAUUGUAAAGUGUUACCGUUGAAGUAGUUGUAAAAAGGGACAAGAAACCAGAACGUAUUUCAGUUUAGACAUUUAAACUGUGGAUUUCUAUAUAUGAAUUAACAAAUAAAUGCAUGCCAAUGCCAGUUUAUUAUUAAUUUAUGUAAGCUUUAUUCAAUGAAAUCAAUAAUGAAUCAACAAGUUAAUACAAAAGCAUUAUUCUGUGUCCACAAACUACACAAAUAAAAACAUUUAUCUUGUCAUCUAUGGAAGGAUUUAACUUGAACUCCUAGUAUUAACACUUACAAAAAAAAAAAUCAAUAAAUCGAUUGUAAUGGCACCAAGGUGUAGCGACGGUAUCAAAUGAUGAUAUCCAUGGAUUUCAUUUAUUUUGUAUUUUUUAUUUAGAUUUUAGAUGUACUGAAUGGUCACAAUUUCCUUUGAAACUGAAAAGAUCUAUACAUAUGAAAAUAACUUGACUGGCUUCACAUAAAUGAUGAGCAUAUUUAUUUAAAUAAAC